AUGUCGCGACUGCCUCUUUCAAGUCCUAUAGGUUCUCCUAACAAUACGACACAGCACACGAAUCUUACACUGCGCUUUUUUCCAUCCCGUCUUGUGAAAUCCCAAGCUGUAGAUAAUUUCGAUGAGGUAAUCAACGGACACGAGUUCGUUCUUGCCGAGUUCUAUGCUCCAUGGUGCGGCCACUGCAAGGCACUUGCCCCCGAGUAUGCGAAGGCAGCCACUCAGUUGAAGGAUGAAGGAUCAGAGAUUAAGCUGGCCAAACUCGACGCCACCGUUCACGGUGACGUUGCCAGCAAAUUCGAAGUCCGAGGAUAUCCCACACUGAAGUUAUUCCGUAAUGGAAAACCUAGCGAGUAUACUGGAGGGCGUGAUGCUGCCUCCAUAAUUGCCUGGUUGAAGAAGAAGACAGGACCGGUCGCCAAGACCCUCAAGACCGCCGACGAUGUCAAGUCUCUUCAAGAAGAGGCCGAUGUCGUUGUCGUCGGAUACUACAAGAAUCCUGAAGGAGAAAAGGCCAAGAUCUUCCUCGAAGUCGCUGCUGGUAUUGAUGAUAUUCCAUUCGGUAUCACCUCUGAGGAUGCUGCCAAGAAACAACUUGAGCUCAAAGAGGAGGGUAUUGUUCUGCUCAAGAAGUUCGAUGAUGGACGUGCAGUAUUCGAUGAGAAGCUCACUGCUGAAACACUCAAGCCCUGGAUCCAAGCCAACCGUCUUCCACUUGUUUCUGAGUUCACCCAAGAGACCGCUUCUGUCAUCUUCGGAGGAGAGAUCAAGAGCCACAACCUGCUCUUUGUGUCAAAGGAAUCCAGCGAAUUCGAGAAGCUCGAGUCCGAGUUCAAGAACGCUGCCAAGCAAUUCAAAGGAAAAGUUCUGUUCGUGUACAUCAACACCGACGUCGAAGAUAAUGCUCGAAUCAUGGAGUUCUUCGGUUUGAAGAAGGAUGACCUCCCAUCCGUCCGACUCAUCUCCCUUGAAGAGGACAUGACCAAAUUCAAGCCUGACUUCGCUGAAAUCAACACUGAGAACAUCGUUAAGUUCACACAAUCAUAUCUUGAUGGAGCCCUCAAGCCUCACCUCAUGUCCGAGGAGGUCCCCGAAGACUGGGACAAGGCACCAGUCAAGGUUUUGGUUGGAAAGAACUUCGACCAAGUUGCCCGAGACAACACCAAGAAUGUGCUCGUCGAGUUCUACGCUCCAUGGUGCGGCCACUGCAAGCAGCUCGCUCCUACCUGGGACAAACUCGGAGAGAAGUAUGCUGAUCACGAGAACAUCAUCAUUGCCAAGAUGGAUGCUACUGCCAACGAGGUCGAAGAUGUCAAAGUGCAGUCCUUCCCAACGAUCAAGUUCUUCCCAGCUGGUUCCAACAAAGUCAUUGACUACACUGGCGACAGAACUCUAGAAGGCUUCACCAAGUUCCUCGAGAGCGGAGGCAAAGAAGGAGCUGGACCAUCCGAGGAGGAGAAGGCUGUUGAAGAGGGAGAAGAAGAGGUACACACUGAGCUGUAA